AUGGUUGGAAUAUCUGAAGGAUCUGCAAAAACAUUUGCGUCAAGCAAUUCGCGAAAAAAGUACCAGAAUUAUGGGCCAACAACUGUUGGUUUUUGCAUCACGGACGGUCAGCGUGGUCAUUUAGAAGGUCUAGCAUCUGUCUAUUGUGAAUUGUUAAUGGCUCCCUUUGGAGAUAUUUUAAGUGCUUUAGAAAACGCUCGUCAAGCAGCGUGGGCGGAACGAAGUCCCAUGAAUCCGGCCGGUGGCAGUGGGAGUAGCGGUAGUGGUAGUGGCGUCAGUGGCAUUGGUGGCCUCAGCGCUAGCACACACCACCGACAACACGGUCAUCGUGGCCAUUCGAGCCAAGGUGGCCUACCGAAUAGUCAUAGUCAGCCAAUUUAUGUGCCAGGAAAAUAUUCGCCCUCGAGUUGUCUGUCGGAUAAGGAAGAGGACGAAAUCUAUGGCUUUGGUUAUGGUGUUUUUGCGCCGCGUGUUGCGCGUGGUGGUCUCACGCAGCAGCAACAAUUAUUGCAGCAGCAUACACUGCAACAACAACAGCAGGCGCAGGCACAACAGCAACAACAACAACAACAGCAGCAGCAAUUACCUUUAGUGCCAGGUAGCCAGCAGCAUUUGCAGCAGCAACAGCAUCAUCAUCAAGCGCUGCAAGCCCAUCAAACUCUCCCGCCGAAUGUAGCACACUUGAAUUUCCUGCAACAAAACUGCCUGAGUCCAAGAUCAGCAUAUUUUUACGAAUUUCCACCAAACGCAGAGGGUCGUGAGACAAAAAAGCGCACCACCUUAGCGAGACUUUUAAAGGGUCUGAAAACUGUAAAUCGACGAGAUAGAAAUAAUCAACAAACUGCCGCACAAGUAAGGGUGGCGAAUGAACGACUGAGACAUUUUCAAACAAUGAAUGGAGGGCAACAUCAAAGUUUUGAAGAGACAAUCCAUAGACUUAAAGUACAAGAAGCAAUGCGCAAGAAGGAAAAAUUCCAGCGAGAGCACGAAGAGAUUUUGCGUGACAUACGACAAGGCUUACUGCAAAUGAGUCGCGAAGGACGAAUAGACGACACUUAUAUGUAUGACGAUGCUCUACGUGGACCACAUUAUGCGGUUAGCGGUUUGCACCAUCAGGGCCAUUGGUAUGAUGAGCCACCAUAUGAGAGUGAUCCAGAUGACUUCCUAAUGUCCGGCAUUAAUUGUGGACCUGCAGCUACAAUACAGGGUGGUCGCGUUCGUUUCACCUCAAAUCGUGAAAGUGUUGGUGUAAUUUCAUUAAGAUCCGCCGGAGAUAUCUCACUGCCACAGCGAGGACCGCCCAGACGUGGGCUUAUCGUGCCACAGCAGCCGCCAAAUCCACCGACAAUAAUACCGUUAACGCAUGCCAGAUCUCACGAUCGUGAAAGCGGAGACUAUGCGGGCUCAAUAUCAGAUCUGCAAAGUGUCACCUCACGUUUAAGUGCAGUUUCGAUCGGCACCAAUAAUUGCACAGCCCGCUAUCGUACGCUAAGCGGCGGUAUCGGUGAGUCACCAUCGCUCUCGCCAAGUCCAUCAUCCGAUUACGAGGAUAUUGCGGCAACGCGUGGCCUACCGCCCAGUCUGGCGGCGAAGAGUAAAAAGAACGGCGUGCCGCAUAAAGCCAAUACCAUCAGCCAGAAGGCCACAGUGCAUCAUUCGAACGAAAUGCGAAACUCACCAAAGGAAAUUGGCGUAUUUAAUGAGAACGGAAGGAACUUUAUAGCCACAAAGGAUACUUCAAGGGAUUUCAGCAAUUCUCAAGAUAAUACAGACCGCGGCAGCAUGAGCGAUCAAGCUUUCGCAUGUUCAGCAAGUUCGGUUGAAAGUUUACCCAGCGCUUCCGGUUCAAGUACUCAAGCCUUGGUGCGGCCAGGUAGCCCGCAAAGCUCCAUCUCCACUGAAGAUCGCACUUCGUUAGCACAAAUUUGCAAAGCGAAAGCACUUGUCGAUAGUAUGCCGAAUCCAUAUGAUAAGGACGCACUCAAGUUUAAGAAAGGUGACAUAAUCGAUGUGCUGUCAAUGAAUGCCUCUGGCAUCUGGAAGGGUCGUUGUCACGGCCGUAUCGGUCACUUUAAAUUCAUCAACGUUGAAGUGUUGCCCGAACAACGCUUAAAAUCAUCGAAUAGUAAAAUUCUCUGUGCCGGCGGCUUGAGUAUGGGCGGCAUUGGUGGUGGCGUUGGCAUGGGCGGUAGCGCUGGUAUGCGGCAUGUUGGCAAUAAUGGGCCGAGCUCCGUUGAGGAUUUACUCUUUCGCAUUGGCCUGAAGGAGUAUACAUCGGUGUUCGUUUUAAAUGGUUACGAGGACCUGGAACUGUUCAAAGAGCUGGAGCCAGCUGAUUUAGAUUACUUGGGCAUCGUCAAUCAGGAACAUCGUGCCAAAUUGCUGACAGCUGUGCAAUUAUUGCACGAUAUUGAAUGUUCUGAUGGCGAUAUCGCCGGUUCGAGCUCGGAGAAUGAUGAAGCGCGCUUGAAUAACAUCAAUCAGAAACAUGGCGCAUCACCUUUCGGACGUCGUCACUUCCCACGCGAUUCGGGCUGCUAUGAAGGCUCACCGGUGCCCACCUCACAGACACCCACACAUAAUGUACACUCCACCGAUGAAUCGAAUAGCCUGGACGAUGUUGUAACAAAGUGCUCCAGUGAGAUCAUGAAACGUGUUGAAAGUGCGCGUCGCCAAAAGGAGAAUCCCUUCAAAGCCGGUCUAUCGGCGCGUGUUGGCAAGAAGGCGCUGCUGGGCGCCGGCCUCAUCGGUGAAGACACACUAACGCGCGGCGGUGGUCUGAGUGAGAAGUCAAGCGACUCGGGAGUUAGCAGCAGUUCGCUGUCAUCUGGUCCGAUGAAGAAUAGCACUUAACACUUACCCACCAUACUC